AUGGAAGUGCAUGCACAUAUAAUUGAAGUAUCUGGAGAUGUGCCAGCUAUAGAGACAAGCCCGGGUGUGAGAAAGAUUUGUGGGGAAGGACCGUGUGGAUUUUCAGAUGCUAAAACCAGUUCCAAAGAUGCACAGGAACGGUCGGCAUCCAUGCGGAAGCUUUUGAUAGCAGUUAUACUUUGUGUUAUUUUCAUGAGUGUGGAAGUUGUUGGGGGUAUUAAAUCCAACAGUCUUGCAAUUCUGACUGAUGCUGCUCAUCUAUUGUCAGAUGUUGCAGCAUUUGCAAUAUCUCUGUUUUCGCUUUGGGCAUCAGGAUGGGAGGCAACACCUCGUCAGUCUUAUGGCUUCUUCAGGAUUGAAAUUCUAGGUGCUCUUGUUUCCAUCCAGAUGAUUUGGCUUCUUGCUGGGAUCCUUGUUUAUGAAGCCAUUAAUAGACUUGUCAACGAGACUGGUGAAGUUCAGGGCUUUCUCAUGUUUGUUGUUUCUGCAUUUGGUUUAGUGGUUAACAUUGCCAUGGCCCUCUUACUGGGUCAUGAUCAUGGGCAUGGGCAUGGACAUGGGCAUGGGCAUGGGCAUGGUGAUCAUCAUCACAGUAAUGAGGAUCAUGAUGGUACACAUAGCCAUGGGAUUACUGUGACGACACACCCUCAUCAUCAUGUGGUGCACUCCAAUCAUGAUCACACGGAACCUCUGCUCAAGAAACCAGAAGUUAAAAAGACGAAGCAAAAAAAUAUCAACGUGCAGGGGGCUUAUCUUCAUGUACUUGGGGAUUCCAUUCAGAGUAUUGGAGUGAUGAUUGGUGGAGGAAUUAUUUGGUACAAGCCUGAGUGGAAGAUUAUUGAUCUGAUAUGCACCCUUGUAUUUUCGUUGAUUGUGCUGGCGACAACAAUCAGGAUGCUGCGAAAUAUUUUGGAGGUUCUGAUGGAGAGCACUCCUAGAGAGAUUGAUGCCACAAAGCUUGAGAAAGGCCUCUGUGAGAUGGAUGAGGUAGUUGCCAUUCACGAACUGCACAUAUGGGCCAUAACUGUUGGCAAGGUGUUAAUGGCUUGCCAUGUUAUUGUGAAGCCGGAUGCUAAUGCUGACAUGGUACUUGAAAAGGUUAUAGACUAUAUCAAGAGAGAAUAUAAUAUCAGUCAUAUAACCAUUCAGAUAGAGCGUCAGUAG